AUGUUACCUCGCUCUGAUGAUGUCCGUCAUAUGACGGACGGAUGCUUAGCACCUUUUCACCGGAAUCGAAGGAGAUUGGCUUGGAAACAGCGUCAGCAUCAAUGUUCCAGUAAAGCAAAUCGACAGCUGGUCAAGAGGAAUCCACCGUCGUCUUCUGGUGGAACCGACCUUCGAAUCUCUUCACUCAACACUUCCACUCGAAGUGGAAGUAAGUUCAACAAUGCAAAAGCCUUCUUUCUCAUCGAGAGGCCAGGCCACCUUUGGACAAGACAACAAAACGACGAUGGCGCAGAGGUAAAGAGAAGUAAAAAAGACAAUUCAAUGCCCAAAAUAAGUGGCUUCAGACAAUAA